ACCUUGGAUGAUACGCCAUCGUAGCCAUGGAUGCCCAUGCGCCUCAAUUGGCUGAGGUGUGCAUGCGGCAGGCUGUGCGGCUGGAGCAGCUCCAUGCGGAACUUGACAAGGCCCGCAGGAGUGAGAGUGCAGCACUGGAGGAGCUGGAGAAGCGGCGCGAGGCCCACGAGCAAGAGCGCGCGGAGAUGAGGGACAAGGUGGCGCGCAUGGCGGUCUUUCAGGAGGCUCUGCAGCGCGAGAACGGGCUGCUGCUGGAGGAGCUGGUUUCUGUGCUAAGCCGCGCGAAGGCGCUCAAGGCGGAGAUGGCAUGGAUCCAGCGGUUCUUGCCCAUGACAGAGCCAGUUGUGCAGCGCGCACCUAGCCCGCCCAGCGCGCCCGCCGCCCUCGGUACUGGCUUGCGGGUGCACCCGCCGACCAGGACCUCCCCAGUUCAGGUGGUUUCGCCGGUGCCCACGAUGCCGAUACCCAAAGUGCCUGCUGCAUGGCAUUGCGAAGCCAACGCUUCGCGCCCCGUCCGCCGUGCCAGCGAGGCCGGAAGGACCCAUCGGUCCCUCCCCUGGAGGCGGUCAUGACAAAGGCAACAAGCCAACCACUUGGUUUCCGGUUUCGAGACAAGUCCCUUUGCGAAAGUCCACAUUCCCUCGUAGAAUUCGGGGACACGGACGCAACAGCC